AUGGCCGGUUGGCCUCGCCUUGGAGGGAAGCGCCGGCGACCUGAUUGGAAUGACCACGAGGCUUCAGUCGGCCCGGUGGGUCGAGGCGCCGAUAGUCGCUCGCCCGAUCGUCGCGGCGAUGCCGGGCAGCUUCGCCGACCGCUGUCGAGGUUGCUCGAGAGAGACCGUGAUGGCGGCGGUGGUGGCGGUGGUGGUGGCGGCGGUGGAAGACGAAGCAGGAGCCGAGAAGGUCCUCAGCGCAGGGUGAUUAUUCCCGGCGCACGUCGGCGCAGCACCAGUCGCAGUCCCGAUGCGAGAGGACCCCGAGGAGGUCCGAGAGGUCGGCCGCCAGGCUCGGGUCGCAUGACCGAGCUUCGCGGUGCUCUGCCGCGCCGGCGAGCGAUGCAGGCAGAUGGUGAUGGAGGCUGGGGCGGACGUCCGCACAGGAGUGGCGCCGGCCUGAGGCUGACUCCAGCAGCUGGCGCGAAGCGCAAUGACGAUGAGUUCGCAGGUCGUCGCAGAUAUCCCGACGGCCAACGGCGUCCUUUUGACAGAGAGACUGAUGAGUGGCAUCGAGAUCCGGAGCGAGCCAAGAAGGAUAAGAGCCGGCUGGAGGACUGGACUCUGGCGGUAAAUCUGCUGCUCAGCUGGGAUGACCAAAAGACCAUUUCGGCAGCUGACAUGGAAGAGUUUCUGUCAAAGUUCCUGGAGUACGAUGCCAAAGUCAAGCAUCGGAUUACUCCGCGCCUGACCUCGGAGAUCUUUCUCAGGGGAAUCCUCCGGACGCUCUGGGACAUUGACCGCCUGCUACGCUUCAUGAACCCAGGGGACGAGCUCAAGAUGGUGACAGCCAAGAGCCCCAUGGUCUUGAGCAUCUUGCGCGUGAUGGCUUAUGAGUUCAUGUGGACCCCAAGCUGCACGCCGCGGGGUGCAAAGGAAGGUGCGAGAGAUCUCAUGGAGAGGGUCAACGUGUCUGUGAAGGCUGACAGAGACUGGAUCACGGACGCAAUGGUUCGGAUGGGAGAGGCUUUCGAGAAGGCACACAAUGCCUGGGACAGGAAGCACGCUGCGGCCAAAGAGAAGAAGCGACGCGAGCGUGCAGAAGCCGCUGCUGCGGCUGCCGGAAACAGCGGGGACUUGGCUGCGGGAGGCGCGAAGUUGAAGCUGGUGGAGAACGCGAAAGCCGCGAAAGCUGGAGCCGCUGGAAAAAGGAAGCGAGGAGCCGAUGGAGCAAAGCGGAAGGGAGCAGAUGCCCAGUUUGGCAAUGCGAGAGCAAUAGCUGUCAAAGAGCAGGCUCUGGCUGGCAAAGCAGAAGCCACGGAUUCCCAGAAGCCGCGCCGCCGCGUUUGCGAGUCGUGGUUUUGCAGUUUCCAGCGGCCCUUGCUCCAGGCCAACACGCCUGCAGCUGCACAGGAUGACGGCGAUGAGGAAGAGUUCGAGGGGCCCGGGGAAGAUGGAGCACCGCGAAACGCGGAAGCCACAGCAGACGCCUACGGGGUGGAGCCGGAGGAAGGCGAUGCUCCGGCGGACGAGCUGGAGCCGGAGCUGGAAGCGGAGCAAGCGGAGCAAGCGGAGCAAGCGGAGGACAACCGCUCAGAGGCCGCGGAGGCCGGGCAAGAGGAGAAGGAGAAAGCUGAAGCAAGCGAGACCGUGGACGAGCCUCAAGUGGAGCAGCCCGAGCAGGAGCCACGUGCUGGAUCUGAAGGGCUUGGAUGCGAGGCACGCUGA